UGCGUGACGUGGUGUUCUUAAGCUGCAAAAGAGACUGCCGUACUUAUCUUCUUUGAAUCGAAUAACGAAAUAGUGAAAAGUGGAGUCCAAUUUAACACAUCGGCCCCAAAUAUCUUGUAACACGUAAAGUGCUGCGGUGUACUAAUUAGCAAUCGUUAAGAUUCUACUUGUUGUACAAGUUGGAGGAUAUGGGAAACUACAAAGAGUCCAGCCGCUCUUUUGCCACGGGGAGUCGGGAUACACCAGACAUUUGUGAUCAGUUUCUACAAAAGUUAGGUUACUAUCGCAAGCACACUCCCCAGGAUAGUGCAAAUUUGUUCCGCGUUGUUUCCGAGCAGCACUACGGAAUCCAGCUGUAUCACCAACGGGUGCGGACUGAUUGCAUUGAAUACAUGCGUGAAAAUCCUACGCAUUUUCCGGAGAUUUCAGGACCCGGGUUUCAUCAUUAUUUAAACACUUUGGCAUCUCCUUAUACAGUAGGAACAAAGCUGGAGCUACGGGCGUUAGCUCUGUUGCACAGAGCUAAUGUACAAACGUUUGAACCGUUCGCCGGAGGAACUUGGUUUGUAAAUAAUCAAGACAACAACGAAGUUUGGCAUGUUUUUAUUGGGCGUGAUAAAUCAUUCGAUACCGUGUACACUCUCGAAUACAUGGAAAAUCUUGCUUAUUGUCAAGCAUUGGUGUACGAAAUACUGUACGUGAAUGUGCUCAAAUUACCAGACGUAGCGUACGCUGUCGAGCGAAUGUUGUACGAUCCACAUGAUCGUACGACGAAGUACUCGACAAAUGAGAAUGACGAAGAUAUUGCUGUCACUGUAGAUGGUCGGUGUAUCGCGCUCAGUUCCAAAUCCGACGAGACGGAAUGCGUACUGCAUAACUUCCGCUUUUGUAAUUUCCAUAAUAGCGAAAACUUCGGAAGCAUUGCAUUGUUUUUUAGAUCUCAUUGGAGGACUAACUCUAGCAGCAACCGAGGCCGUGGUAGCGUGCAUCGCAACAAACAUACCGUUCGAAAGCCAGAUCCACUCCUUUACGAUCGUGAUAUCUCCUGUGUACGACAGCUGCUAUCAGCAGGUAUUACGCCGUUUCCCUACAAAACGGCCAAAUCACUUGACCCGCAUAUGUACCGUAACGGUGAAUACGAUACUUGGAUGGAGGAUGCUAAAAUGAGUGGUUUAACCAUCAACAAGGCAUCAGUCUUUAAGAUCGGCCGUAAGUGUUUCGCGAAAAUUCGCGGUGUGUACAAGUUUUGCCGCAUCGAGCGUAUUAUAGAAGAAAAACAACUACUGAUGGUACGCCUGAAUGCCCACUCCGUAGAGUGCGUUUCUUACAAUGAUGUAAAACACGUCAGCGUUAUGAGAUCUGGCGAUUAUACUCAGCGAAGAUGGGCAUUGUGGAAUGGUCAGACGGGUGCAGAAGAAUCUACACCCGUUGAUAACAACUUAUCAACUGACGGGGAGAAAACUAUCAACAAUUUUGAAGCUCUCGACGUUCUACAACAACAACAGAUAUUACCGGAGGGGGGGCUUUUUACACACUACUAUCCGUUCCAGUAUCAUCUGAUCCCUCCAUCUCCAUCGCAAUACGAUCUGAUGGCUUCUGUGCAUGGUCCACCUGCCUUCAACAUGGGCAUGUUGCCAGAGUCAACAUUGCCGCUAUCAACGUCAGGAGAAUCUUUCGUGGGGAAUCCAAAUCUUGUGCCCAACUAUUGUUAUGCAGGAUUAUCACCUUUUCACCCAAUAUCAGCGAUGCAACCACCGCAAUUAUCGCAAUAUUCAAUGCAUCAACAUCACAUGUCAUCACAACAGCAGCCACCGCCAUCACCUCAGCAACACACGCAACCGAUUCAAUUUUUAAAUCAUCAACAACCUUUUGAUUGUAAACUACAGGAAGAAAUUCCACAUCAGCUUCUGCCUCCCCAAUAUUCACAUCUUUUUCCUACACCCCCACAAAACUGUGUUGGACAAAGUUACUUUUUCGAUAUUAUGUCCCCGUCGGAUGCUGCUGUGCAUCAUUAUCAUCCUUCAUUCCAGCACGUAGCAAUCGCAGCUCAAACUACGCAGAUCGUUCCAUCACUAUCACCAACACAUCAAUUCUUCCAUGCGGUGGACAAUGAAAGCUUUUCUUAUGCUAGUGGUUUGAAAGCAAUUGAUCAAGACAACGCUCAUAGAUUGAAUGCCGAAAAUCAUGCGAAUAUCAACCACAUUAAUUGACCUAGUUGUAUAUGCUAAGCUGAUCAUCAUGGUAGACUUUUUCGCCUUUUUCGCUUCCUUUUUUAAACUUACUAUGCAUUUUUUCAUGGUUAAUAUUGGCAAUUGCAUCAAUCAAAGCUGCCAUUCAUGGGUUUUUGGGUAACUUUUAUUAAUUUUAUUACAUGGGACUAUCUUCAAAUUGCGGCUCUACUUUUGCUUACUUAUUUUUACUUUCUUUAUUUUACCAUGUAUCAAGCAACAUAAACUUAGCAAGCAAAUCUGUUUUGGACUUGCACUACGUAGUAAACAUCAGGUUUAUGGCUGGAACCAAUUUUUUUUUAAUU